AUGGUCAACAUAAAUGUUAAAGCAUCUACAGGUGAUAAGUUCUCACUCGAUGUAGAACUUUCGAUUACCGUACAAGAGUUUAAGAGAUUGCUAAGUGAGAAGUCAAAUAUUGCACCGGAGCAACAAAGAAUCAUUUACUCUGGUCAUGUAUUAAAAGAUCAUCAGAAAUUAGAGGAAUUCAAUAUUAAAGAUGGACAUACUGUACAUUUGGUAAAGAGUGCAGCACCACCACCUCAACCACCCACAGAGCAAGUACCCAACCCAAAUACAGCAUCGAGUCAACCACCACCCAUUCCCGGUAUGACCAACAAUAUGUCACAGAUGUUACAGAACCCGAUGAUGCAAGAAAUGCUAAACUCACCAGCCUUCCAAAGUAUCUUUGAUAAUCCCGAUGUUUUCAAAGAGAUGAUUAUGAGCAACCCUGAAAUGAGAGAAGUUCUCAAUAGAAAUCCUGAAAUGAAUCAAAUAUUAAAUGAUCCAAGAGCACUUAGACAAACAUUUGAUAUGAUGAGAAACCCAGAGUUGAUGCGUGAAGUAAUGAGAAAUGCCGAUAGAGCUAUGGUUAAUAUUGAAAAUCAUCCAGAAGGAUUUAAUUUACUUAGAAGAAUGUAUACAAAUGUUCAAGAACCAUUAUUUAAUGCAGCAGCAAAUCAACAACAUGCCUCAAAUCAAACAAGUUCAACUCCAGCAACCAAUCCCGAUACACCACUACCAAAUCCAUGGGCUCCACAGCAACCAGCAGCAGCUUCAACAGGAUCGACAAAUACACAACAAUCAACCGCAAAUAGAAAUUCAGGAACAGGAACAGGAACAGGAACAACACCAGCAAACAACCCAUUCAAUAUGUUUGGUGGAAUGGGUGGAAUGGGUGGAAUGGGUGGUAUGGGAGGAAUGGGUGGAAUGGGAGGAAUGGGUGGAAUGGGUAAUAUGGAGAGUAUGUUAAAUAAUAUGGAUCCACAACAACUCCAAUCGAUGCUUAACAACCCAGCCCUACAGUCACUAUUUUCAAAUCCACAGAUGAUGCAACAGAUGGUCGAAUCCAAUCCAACAUUGCGUCAGAUGGUUGACUCUAACCCAGCGAUGCGUGAAGCUAUGGCCAGACCAGAGUUUUGGACUAGAAUGGCUGACCCCGCCAAUCUCCAAGCGAUGAUGCAGAUGCAACAGGCUAUGGGAACACUCAGAAACAAUGGUUUCUUUGGUAACGAUAUGCUCGGUGGAAUGGGAGGAAUGGGUGGAAUGGAUCCAUUCGGAAUGGGAGGUUUCGGUGGUGGUAUGGGUGGUAUGGGUGGUUUCGGAGGUUUCGGUGGAUCGACUCCAACUACACCACCACAAGACCAAGAACCACCUGCCCAGCGAUUCCAAGUUCAAUUACAGCAACUCAAUGAUAUGGGAUUUAUAGAUGAAGCUGACAAUAUUAGAGCAUUACAAGCAACCAACGGAAAUGUAAAUGCAGCUAUUGAACGUUUGCUUAGAUAA